ACGUGAGGAAGCACAUCGACGGCUACCGGGAGACUGUGUUCGUAAAACUUCGCGACUUUUUAAAUAUCGAUAUAUAGACUUUCGUUUGUCUUGUGAUUCUGAUUUUAGUUUUUAACUUGAUUCGGUUAUGAAAUCGUUCCCUUGGCUCGGGGUACUGACAUGGGUCAGCCUCGCUUCAGCUAAUAACAUAAUCGGUAGUAGAGAAGCGUGCUCAAAUGAAGGCGAACUCGUCAACGUCGAAUCGAUUAAGGAUAUAAGAUGUUUCACGUGUAUGUGUAAGAAUGGAUUUGUGGAGUGCCAGAAAGAACAGUGCCCUAGCCAGGAGGGGUGUCACAUGCUCCUCGAGAUCCCGAAGAACGGAUGUUGCGGCAAGUGCAAAGGGUGCAUCUACAAAGGAGUGGAGUACGACAGCGGAGUCGAAUGGAGGGAUCCGGACAACCCUUGCAAGGUCUUCACCUGCCGUGGAGGUGUAGUAACUGACACGAUAGAACAGUGCUUCACCCCUUGCAACGACCCUUUUCCUCCUCUACCUGGGCAGUGCUGUCCGACAUGCAGUGGUUGCCGUGUGAACGGGCAGACCGUCGUACCAGGGAGGACGGUGAGAAGCAUGGAAGACCCCUGUCUCAAGUGCCACUGCUCCAACGGAAAGGUGUCCUGCGCCAAGAAAGCUUGCCCGGUCGUCCACUGCUCCCCCAGCUCCGUCCUGCCACCUGGACCAGGAGAAUGUUGUCCUUCCUGCCAAGGCUCUAGGAAGCUUAUGUUGCCACCCCAAGGAAAAUGCAUACUCGGAACUGGACUUCACGAAGCCGGACGGAGUUUCAUGCCUGACCACUGCACCAUUUGCGAAUGUGUAAAUGGUACGAGUGUUUGCUCUAGGCCUUCUUGUCCAGUGCUCGAUUGUCCAUUGGAGAAGCAAGAGCUGAAGCCGAACUCUUGUUGCCCUCACUGCUCGCCCAAAUCCGAGCUCUCGAAUACUUGCAAAGUUGGCGAUUUGACUUAUGAAGAUGGAGAAACAUGGCAGGUAGAUCUUUGCAAGUCGUGCGUAUGCAAAGAAGGUAGUGUCAGAUGUGCCGCAGAAAUGUGCCCUCAGCAAAACAAGGCUUGCCCUCCAAACCAAAACCUCGUUCACCUGGAAGGCCAAUGCUGUCCAAAAUGUGUUGAAAGUGAUGGAGUAUGCACUGUUUUUGGUGAUCCUCAUUAUAAAACUUUCGAUGGAAAAUUCUAUAGUUUUCAAGGAUCGUGCAAAUACCUUUUAGCAGCUGAUCGGGUUAACAAUACUUUCUCAAUCCGUGUCACUAAUGAUGCAAGGAAUACAAAAACCUCUUCAUGGACCAAGACUGUUUCCAUAAAAGUUGAUGGGAUUAAAAUAAAUUUAGGAGAAAAAAGAAGAGUGAAGAUCAAUGGGAAAAGAGUUUUUAUUUCAAAGUAUGGAACGACUAGAAAUGGCAUUCACCUUUCUGAGGCUGACGACAGUGUUCUAGUAGAAACACAACAAACGGGACUGAAAGUACUCUGGGACGGCAAUUCUUUCCUCGAGGUGUCAGUGCCUGCAAAGUAUAAAGGAAAACUCGAAGGACUAUGCGGUAACUUCAACAGCAAGCCCGGUGACGAUAUGACAUCGAGAUGGGGAGAACCGAUCGUCGACCCUGAUAAAUUCGGCAACUCUUGGAGAGUCGGAGGACGAAGGGCCUGUUCACGAGGAACCACACUAGUACCAAAGCAGCAAGGCUGUUUUUCCAAAACGGGCUACCAAAGGCGACAGAAGGAAAGGCUUUGUAAAAUUUUAAGGAGUCGGGUCUUUGCCCCUUGCCAUAAAUACCUCAACUAUGUUAUGUACUACAAAUCCUGUUUAGUAGAUAUGUGCGAGUGCCCUAGCAACAUGUGCUACUGUGAAUCUUUUACCGCUUAUGCACAUGAAUGUGCGAGGCUGGGAGCAACCCUCCAUGAUUGGAAGAAAGAGACUAGUUGUCAAGCAAGGCACUGACAAACGGUCACCAGGUCUAAACCAACCAAAAAACCCAUUCGCCCCAUUGGGGAAGGAAACCUAGUCAGCCCAAUCACUAGUACCAAUGUCGGUAUUACCAGUUCGUCCAUUUCAUGGGGAAAUCGGCAAAGUUUCUUCAAGAUGAAGGCUACAUGCUGGCUCUUGUUUCAGAUGUACCAGCGCUCGAGUUCAAAUAGUGAUGGGCCAUUUUAUUUGCUUCUAUUUUAUUCUCUUUUAAAUUAUGAAGGCUACAUCAGUGUAGGCCUGGCUUGGAGCAGUUAAUCAAAGAGAAACUAAGCUCCCAGAAAGUGCUUCACAGCAAAAAAAUAUAUUUAAAAAAAAAUAGUGUCCGUUUGUAAAUAUAAAGAUGCUUUUGCGGUUGCUGUAUUUUAAGUGGACACAUACAAUUUUUAUAAAAGUGUAAACUCUAUUUUUAUAAUCAUGAUAUAGGUACACACGAAUUAUGUUAGUGUUAAAUGAAAAUCUGAAAUAAUAUAAAACAAAAUU